AUGAAAGAUUGCGCUGGAAGGUUUGAUGACGUUCCAUGGGCGCAUCAGACUGCAUAUAAGACACCUAUUGGGACCUCGCCUUACAAGUUGAACUACGAAAAAUCAUGUCACCUUCCAGUUGAGCUAGAACACAAGGCCUUUUGGGCCAUCAAAAAGCUCAAUAUGGAUAUGGAGUUGGCAGGGUGGAUGCGUCGGAUCUCCUUUCCUGCCAAAAAUGAAAGGGUCCAACUGCUCAAGGCAGUGAAGUGUGGCCAUAGCGCAAAGGGCCGCAUCCAUGAAAAAUUGGGGAAACCACCUGGGACGCAUUGGGUUCAAGCUCGCGUGCAUCAGCGUGUUGGAGUUACAGAUGCUCGCCAUUCUUUCCACUCUCGUUUGAGGCAUCAAAUGGUAGUUAGGCUUUCGAGUAACCAAUUUUCGGGCUGA